CGCUCCCUGCCCGCAGCGCCGCACGCAGCCCUGCGUCUACCCCUCUGCCGCCGCAGCCCGCAUCCCCCGCCCGCUGCCGGCCAUGGGCAACGGCGUCUUCGACCCGCCGCCGGCCACGUCGACGCUCAGCGCCGGCGACGGCUCGCUGACGAGCACGCUGGCCAGCUCGCUCGCCUCGCUGCUGCCCACGGCGUCGGCGUCGCCGUCGGCACACCCCGUGCCGCCGCCGGCCGAGCAGGCUGAGCGCGACUCGUCGCUCGCCCUCUUCCUCGUGCUGCUGCUCCUCAUCUUCUCCUUCUGGACGAGCUACUACCUCAAGAUCAAGAAGAUCACCGCCGUGCACGAGACCAUCGUCGGCCUCUUUGCCGGCAUGGUCGUCGGCGCCGCGCUGCGCGUCGGGCCGGGCGAGCAGGUGCAGAACAUGCUCAGCUUCUCCAACACCAUCAUGCUCAACGUGCUGCUGCCGCCGAUCAUCCUCAGCAGCGGCUACGAUCUGCGCCAGGAGAACUUCUUCCGCAACUUUGGCGUGAUCCUCACGUUCGCCUUCGCGGGCACGUUCAUCAGCGCCAUCGUCAUCGGUGUGCUGGUCUACCUCUGGUCGCUGCUGCAUCUCGAGUCGAUCUCCCUGACGCUGCUCGAGUGUCUGAUCUUUGGCUCGACGCUGAGUGCGACGGACCCCGUCACGAUCCUCGCCAUCUUCAACACGUACAAGGUCGACCCGCAGCUGUACAGUGUCAUCUUCGGCGAGUCGAUCCUCAACGACGCCGUGUCCAUCGUGAUGUUCGACGUGCUCUCCACGUUCCGCGGCCAGCCAAUCUCGAUCUCGACGCUCUUCCACGGCCUCGGGCUCUUCCUCUUCGUCUUCACCUUCAGCAUGGCGCUCGGCGUCUGCUUUGGGCUGGGCUGCAGUCUGAUGCUCAAGCACUCGCGCCUGAGCGCCUAUCCGCAGCUGGAGAGCUGCCUCGUCGCGCUGAUCGCCUACACGAGCUACUUCUUCAGCAACGGCGUGGGCAUGGGAGGCAUCGUCUCGCUGCUCUUCUGCGGCAUCACGCUCAAGCACUACGCCUACCAUAACAUGUCGCGGCGGACGCAGCGCGCAACAAAGUACAUCUUCCAGACCCUCGCCAAUCUGUCUGAGAACUUCAUCUUCAUCUACCUCGGCCUCAGCCUGUUCACGCAGAGUCAGCUGGUCUACAAGCCGCUCUUCAUCAUCGUCACGGUCGCGGCCGUCGUAGCCUCAAGGUACUGCGCCGUCUUUCCGAUCGCCGCGCUCGUUAAUGCCUUCAAGCGCGCGCGCAAUGCCCGCCGUGCGCGGCGUGGCCCGCCCGGGGCGAUGCGCGUACAGGCGGCGCACGACGAGGAGCUAUCGCAGGAGUACCAGAUGAUGCUCUUCUGGGCGGGCCUGCGCGGAGCGGUCGGCUUCGCGCUCAGCGCCGGCAUCGAGGGCCAGAAUGCGGCUGCGCUGCAGACCACCGUACUCGUCGCAGUCGUCAUCACCGUAGUCGCGUUCGGCGGCACAACGGCGCAGAUGCUGCAGAUCCUCGGCAUCCGGACGGGCGUGGAGGACGAGGAGGGUUCGUCAGACGAAGAUGAGGCUGGCUUCGUCAAUGCCCGCCAGGUGCGGAUGGCCGGCGUGCGGCGCCGUCAAGGCUACUCUUCCUCCCGCGGCGCGAAGAGCGCGCCUGACUCGCGGCCUCUGUAUCGCGACGACGAUCUGGGCGACGAAGAAGAUGGCGCUAGCGCAAUGUCCGACGACGUCUUGCCAGGAGCCUCGCACGGCGUCGCCGGCGUCAACUCGGAAGCGCUGGCUGCGACGGAGGACCACAGCGUGCGCGCCUUCCUCGACCGCGCCGGCCUGAUCAUGCGCGACGGCCGCUGGUUCAGCACGCUCGACCAGCGGUAUCUCACGCCGCUCUUCACGAACAGCGUCGCCUCGCGCAAGCACGAAGAGCGCCGUGCCGCACGACGAGCCGAUGCUGCAGCGUCCGCGGCUGCCGCGGCCGCAGACGACGCCGCCGCAGACCAGAUCGUCUGGGGCAUGCCGGGCGACACUGGCUGGGCGCCGCCGGGCGAGCGAGACGCAGACGAGGGCCUCAGCGAGAGCGACGACGACGGCGACGUGCGUCGGCUGGGGGCCGGGACCGGCACGCGCGGCGCACGACACCCGAUGCGCCGCUCCGGCAGUCGAGGCGGCUCUGACGAGGACGUCAGCGUAUCGCGCCCAGCCAGCAGGCGCGUCUCCGGCGCCUUCACGCCGACCAGCGCCCGCCAAAGCAGCGUGGACCACCGAAGCUCUCGGCCGCCAGACAAUGCGUGGCUGCGAUGAGGCACGGACUGAUGAAUGGCAUGAUAGAGUACAAAUGCAG